AUGUAUGUGAAAUGGUUUGAUACAGGAAUGUUUUACUAUGUGAUUUUAGUGAAUGUCACUUUUUGUCAUUUUCAAAUUUCCCGCCAGUUCCGUCCCCGUGCGCCCCGACGCUCGCAGGGGACGGAACCCAGAUGACAGAUGCCGGCAUCUGCCGGAAUACAUUGCCAGGGACACUGCAGGAGGGACAUCGCGGGAGCGCAGGACAAGGUAAGUGAUUGAGGGAUCCGCGGAGCAGCGCCUCAUGGUAUUCCCAAGUGUAGCUUGGGGUUACCGCUUGUGCUACACUCGGGAAUACCGCCAGGGAGGCUA